CUGAUUUUUGGGUUUAGGGCAAGGAGCUCUUUGGCACAAAAAUAAAAUUCGUGGGUACGACGAGAAUCACCUUUUGACCCAAAAACUCAAAUGACCCAAAGCGCCCCUCAAUACAAAAACAUUAGUGUUUAAAGCCGCCUUGUCUCAGUUGUGCCUAAAGGGGUAAACCCCUUAAACCUCAGUGAGUCAGCUAAAACCCUUUCGAAGGUGGGGCUAUGAGGCAAUGGUAAAUAGCAAGAAGAGUCCAUGGUGCUGGUAACAUUACAGAAAACUAUACUUGUCCUUGUUCAAUAUCAUCAGAACUUUUUUGUGUUCAUGCAAUAAAGUUUUGAGCUUCAAUUUUUUGCAUGAAGUUUACUGCUUUAUACUGAUUCAUUAUUGCAUUACAAUUUCCCAGUAAUGCUUAACCAAUAAAUUGACUGAUAAUCAAUACCCACUUCUCCAUUUUGUGGACAUUUGAACCCAAGUUCAUAGUUUUGGCACAAGACAAUAAAAUGCAGUAUCAGUGAAUUCCAUAGUUGUAAGAUUGUUGAUAUGAAAUCUAGAUUUGAUUCUGUAUUCAAGCUCUGCAUAGUGUUCCCUGCCGGUCGAAAUCACUCUCCUUUCCCCAGAACUGUUCUCCCAACUUGUUUAAGUUUCGUGCACAUCACCUAUUCGGCAGUUUGCCUCACCCAGGAAGAAAGUGUAGUGGAAGACAUUUUUGACCAACCAAAGACCUCUGCAGAAGUUCUGGAGAAAUGGGGUUGUAGUGAUGCUGACAUAUCGAAGCUGUUCAGGCGCCGGCCUACUUUAAGGAAUGCUGACCUUAACCAGCUUCAGUUCAAGUUAAACCUUUUGAGUGGAUUGGGUAUUACUGCACCUGAGCUUUUGAAGAUGAUCAAUUGUCGCCCCCGGUUGCUCAGUGUUCGGAUUGAUCAUUGCUUUGAUGAGCGGCAUGAGUUCUUUAUGAAAUUGUUUGGGUCAAGGGAACUGCUUGUCAAAGCCAUUGUAAGGAACCCGUCUCUCUUGAUCUAUGACUUCCAUAAUAAAGUCAAGCCGACCAUUGCUCUAUAUGAGGGAAUGGGUCUUAGUCGGGAGGAGUUAGUCCCAAUGCUAAUAUCACGGCCGACAUUGAUCCCAAGAACUACAUUUAACUACGAGAAGAUGGAGUAUAUACGGAAAACUGGACUGUCAAAUGAGUCCAGGAUGUAUAAGUAUGUUGUGACACUCAUUGGCAUUUCACGCCUUGAAACUAUCAGUGAGAAAGUGGCAAAUUUUGAAAAGUUUGGUUUCUCAGAAGAUGAGAUUUUCGGCCUUUUGGGAAGGUCUCCCAUAGUGUUUACUCUUUCAGUGGAUAAGGUCCAGAGGAACAUGACUUUCAUUUUAGGACAAAUGAAACUUCCUGCUACAGUGAUUCUUGAGCACCCAUUUUUGCUGUACAUGAAUCUGGAGGCUGCUUUGAAGCCGCGAGUAUGUCUUGCAGGAAAAAUUGAGGAUAUGGAUCUUGAUGUGCAAAUUAAAGGACCUAAGUUGCUGACGGCAUUGAGAAUGACAGAGAAAAGAUUUGUGAAGGCAUUUGUUAAUUGUCACCCAAAGGAUGUUGCUGAUGAAUUGAUGGAGUACUAUACAAAAGCAAAGGGUGUGAAGCGAUUGGCAGAAGCCUCAAAGAAGAAAUUGUAUGAAGGCUUUCCUUACUAAAAUUUUGGCUAUCAGGUUUUCUUCUUUUGACCUCAAAGAUGUCUUAUUCGUUAUUUUACUUGUGUAUAUCAUUGUUAUACAUUUCCUAAGCAUUUUGGUUAAGCAGAAUUGUCAUUUUCUGUAAUCCUUAAUUUUAUUAUGGAGUUUGGUUUAUUCUUUA